UGGAGAGAUGAAGAAGAUGGCGGCGGCGCUGAGUCUCGACGGCGGCGAGUCGCCGGAGAUGAUGAUGGCUGAGAACCCGGUGGUGGUUUUUAGUCGAAGAUCAUGUUGUAUGUGCCAAGUGAUGACGAUAUUGCUUUCGAUGGUCGGCGUGAGAGCGAAGGUUGUCGAAUGGGAGGAGGAGGAGGCGGCCACCGGAGAGGUUAUGGUGGCGGAGGAGGGGAUGCCGGUGGUGUUUAUCGGCGGGGAGCGGAUUGGGGGGCUGGAAAGGCUUAUGGGGAUGCAUCUGAGUGGGCGGCUUGUUUCCAGGCUGAAGGCAGCAGGGGCUAGCUUUCAUUAGGUUGGUGGAACAAUUAU